AUGUUAAACGAUUUUGAUAAUCGUAUUUUAACAUUUGCAAUCGAUGCAUUAUUAAAAGAUUUCGAGCCAAAAGAUGCAAUCCCAUUCAUAUCGUCGAAAUUUAUUUUCAAUGAAAAUCAGCAAGAAAUUAUUCUCAAUUUGCCGAGAAGAAUGAAUCGAGUUCUCGAAUUCAUACGACAGUAUCGCGUAUCAGCCGAAAGUUUAUCCGAUUUAAUAUCAUUUUUUGAACAUUAUGGACAACCUCAUUUAGCCAAUGAAUUGAAAAAAGAAGUUUCCUUUAAUGAUAAGCAAGUUUUAUCAAAAAGCUCUUAUCAUUUCCUAAAAAAUUCCAAUCUUCCUUAUAGUAUUAGCAGUAGCGUUGUACGAGAAAAGCAAAUGACUAAAUUGCGAGAUAUUCUUAUUAUUCAAUCAGAAAAAGGAACACCUUCCUUUUGGAUCGUUAUACAUGGUAUGGCUGGUUGUGGUAAAACUUGCCUUGUGAUCGAUACUUUGCGGUCCUACUCACACCAACUAUGUCAAUUUUAUACUGAAGUCAUUUGGAUUCAUGAUGGCCGAACGAAUUCCGAACAGCUUCAGAAAUAUUUUUCUGAUGUUGUUAUACUUCUUUCAAAUGAUUCCCUAAUUUUAAAUGGUCGCGAAUCAAAUUUGAAUCUACAGCAACUCGUUCGAAAUGCUUUAAAUUACCGUCCUAAUUCGCUUAUUUUGCUCGAUGAUGUACUUCUUGAGGAAAGUGUUCGUUGGUUCGAUGAAUUUAAGGCUCGAAUUAUUGCAACAACUACAAAUCUGGAAAUAUUUCAAGCAGUUCGUCAACAGAAUACCUUGUAUUCUAUGAAACUUCAUGGUUUCUCUGUUGAGGAAAUGCAGUUUUUCGUGUCUCUAAAUAAAUUUGAUGGUAUUACUUCGAGUCUUUUAGACCAUUUAUUCGACGUCACUUGUGGUCAUCCAGCUAUUUUCAAUAUAAUGGUGAAGUCAUGUAAGGGCGAUGUUGAACGGUACCAUAUUGAUUCAACCAAAUAA